AUGAAUGCGUACCCCGCGGAGCUCGUGGUGCAGCUGCACCCCUUUCUCCUCGUCUCGGGGCUGGUAGGCGAGCGUGCUGGGGAUGCAAGCAAGGUGGCGCGGCUGCCGCAUCCGGUGACGACGCAUCCUGAAGUUUGCAAGGCGCUCGUGGUCGCGUUGGGGCGCCGCUCCAAGCACCGCGUCUGGCAGCCCCCGUCGAGUGCGCCGCGCAUGCACACGGCGCUCGUCGACUAUGCAUACGUCUAUCCUCCGGCAAAGGUCAGGGCGGGAGGACAGUCGGCGAGCGAGGUUGCGCGGCGCGCGCUCGCCUCGCUGCCACCGCGCUCGCCGCUCUCGCCGCUACAGGUGGGGGGGCCGCUCUUCCCGGACGGCAUCCUGGCGCCCGCGUGGAUCCGCAAGCACUCCGAGUACUUGCCGGCGGUGCACCUCGUGUGUAUGUGUCUGCCGAUUGCACAGGGCGCGACGCUCGCCGACGACGUCGCGGUCAUCGACGCGAUGACCGAGGCGCGGCAGCUCGGCGCGGUCCGUGGCAUCCGUGUAGCGGUCGUGCUGCUGUGCCCUGCGAGUGCCUUGGCACGCUCAGACAUGGAUGCGCGGCUUGCGCAUAUACGUCGCGCCGCCGGUCUCGAGGGGCGGGGGUCGCUCUUUGUCCUCAGCGCCGAGACGGCGGACGUCGAGCCGUUUGUGCAAAACGUCGAGCGGGCUCUGCACGGCACGGCUGUAGAGUAUUACAAAGAGCGCGCACGGCACGUCCGCCGCAACCGCGCUCGCUAUCCGCCGCCGCCGUCGGUCGCACAGCCGAUCCUCGCAGCGGCCGGUGCGGCCGGCGCACUCAAGCCGGGGCCGGCCGCCUUCCUGGCGCCCGAGGGGUGGGCGGUGCGCACCGCGGCCAAGCUCGGCACGUUUGCCGAGAUGCAAGGCGACCUCGCCGAGGCCCUAUCGCAUUAUACCGAGGCGUACGAGCACCUGAUGCAAGCGUGCCUCGCCAAUACCAAGAUCCUCGCGCCGCGGACGAAGCGGUGGGCCGAGGCCAAGGUGCUCGCAGACACACUAUCGUUCAAGAUGGUCAAGCUGCACCUGUACAAGCAAGGCGUCACACAGGGCUUGCACCAGUUUACUCGGCACAUCCAGCGUGUCGCCGAGCUCAGCGCGGGCUGGGGUAUUGGGACGACCACGUACGAGUUUUGGAGCUGGCUUGCGAAGCAGUUCCAGCUGCUCGGCGACCUGGUGCAGCAGGCAACGCAUCCUCCGGAUGACACACGCGCCCUCCAACUGGGAGGAGCGCCAGCCGACGCGCUCCUCUCGGGGCCGGGGACGCACAUGUACCACGCGGCGCUCUGCACGAUGGAGCGCGCGGCACGGUUCCGUGCGGUGUCUGACGAAAAAGCCGAGCUGCCGACGUAUGCAAACGAGGCACAGGUGGAUCACACGGCGCUCGUCGUCGAGAUGCUCGGCUCGGCGUACGAGGCGUACCGGCACGCCCAGCUCGUGCGCCAUGCGCAUCUGGCCGCGGCCCGCAUCGCACUCGUGUACGCCGCCGCAGGGCUGCACCAGGACGCGCUGCCGUACCUCGAGCGUGCGCUCCGGUGGUACCGCCGCGACCGCUGGGCCGUGCCCCGCUUCUUGCUGGUCGGCCACACGGCGCAGACGGCGCUGGCGCUCGACGAUAAGCGCGCUGCGCUGCCGUACCUCUUGGAGAUGGCCCAGCCCGUGCCGAAAGAGGCGCGCGACGUGCAACAAAAGAGCAUCGCGGCCCUCUUGCCGCUGCUGGCCGGCGCGGACAAAGACGCACCGGCCAUGGCGCUCGAGCCCGGCGCAGCGGGCCUGCUGGACGUACAGGCGACGUUUGCACGCCAGACGUCGCGCACGGACACUGCAGUGCCUUUUCAGCUGGUAUUUACGCCGACGACGGACCUUGCCUCGUUCCAUUUUGCGCUCCUCCGCGUCUAUGUGUACGGCCGUGCAACACCGCUCUUUUCCGUGCGCCUCGGCGGGGAAACGCACACGGCAGACCUCGGCACGAUUCCGGGCGACGCCACGACCGAGUCGGCCUGCACGCUGGACGUGCGCCGACGUGCUAUCCUGACCGGCGCACUGCAGUGCGCCGAGGCUGGUCCCCUGGUCCUGUCCAACACCAUCUUUACGCUCGAUACCGCGGUUGGCCAGGCGGAUCUAUCGAUUGACAUUGCGCGCGGCGCGCCGCAGUGGGUCCUGCCCACCGGCACAAUUCCGCUGCCCCCGUGUGCCGAGCCCCGGGGCGUACAUAUAGAAGCGCCACCGCCCACGCUCGAGAUGCAGGUCCCCCCUGCUCUCCUCGCUGGCGAAGUCGCGCCGCUGGCGAUCGAAAUCGGCGCACCGCUCGUGCGCGGCGUCAUCGUCCUGCCGCCCGAGACGGUCGAGGCCGGCGCCGCAUUCCUCAACGAGGCCGGCGAGCGCUUCGACACGGCCGAGCAGCCGACGCCGCACCAGCACAGACUCGGCGCACAAACGUCCAAGGUCUGGAUCCGUGCGCCGCAGUCGGCAGGCACGCUGCGCAUCCGGCUGUACGGCGUCGCAUCGCCAGAGUUGGACGCACUUCCGACGACGCAUAUCGACCGCCUCAUUGCCGUGACACCGGCGUUUGGCGUGCGUGUGCACACACAGUGGACGCCGGGCGCCGCGCCGCGCGCGGGGCGCCUCACGACCGAGGUGUGUUACCUCGGCCCUACGCCGCUUGUCCUGCACGGUGCCUCGGUCGACGCCGACGGCAGCCUCGAGGCGGGUGCGCCGCUUGGCGCAGCGAGUGACGCGCCGUGGGAGACGAACGAUACCGCGGUCUGGGUCACGCCGUUCAAGGAGCGCGUAGGUUCGGUGGAUGGCACCGCGUCGCUUGUAAUGCGGUGGCGCCGCUCGCCGGACGCGCCGCUCGGGACGACGCGCCUGCUCCUGGCGUCGCUCACACCGCCUGCUGUGCCGCCGGUGCAGCUCCAGAUCCGUGCACCGGGCCGUGCGACGCUCCAGGACGUGGCGACGGUGGAGAUUGUGGUGGCCAACUGCAGCUCCCAUGCCCGCGAUAUCCUCGUGGAAGUCGAGCAAGGCGACGCUUUCUUGCUUGCAGGUGCGCGCCGCAAGCACCUCUUCAUGCUCAUGCCGAACGAGACGCGCACCACGCGUGUACAGCUCAUGGCCCGCCACGCUGGACUGCAUCCCUUGCCCAAGGUGCGUGCAUACGAGCUGCGGCCCCAGAGUGAGCCGAUCACACUCGGCGUGCCCUUGCCCGGUGUCCUGGAAGUCGUUUAA